GUCCAGACCCUGUCAAGAUCAUCAUCUGAAACGUUUAUGCGAGCGCUGAGCUGGCAAUAAAAAUCCGCAAUGACGACUUUGUUUGACACUCAUCAGUCUGAAGAUGCCACUCUCAGUGGUACACAAUCAUCGUCUCUUUUGCGUCCUGCUCAUCCUAUCAACUCUUUCAGCUAACGUUAUUGCACAAACAUGUAUGAACUACGGUGAAACCUCUCCAUCUAAUGCCUCGAGCUGUCUUUGUCCUCCGGGCUUUGGAGGUGCUACUUGUGCACAACCAGGAUGUGGUGGUACCAUAUUCGAUGGUUCCAAUCGCUCUUUAGCUCAACCAUAUGCGUCCUCGUCUGGCUUUGCAAACUUAACUGCGUCCGAUUGCACCUGCGAAAGCGGAUGGGGAGGAGUGGGCUGUAAUGUUUGCUCUACCUCUUCAGCGUGUCAGGUCGCGUAUGCUGCGGUCAAUGGUAAUGCAAGUGCAACCUUGGGGCUUGGCGGUUCACAUGGUUUGAAUGACACCAUGGUUUGCAAUACUGCCCCUACUGUAUGGGCAGCUGGCGAACUUAGCUGUCAAGUAAAUAAUCCCACAUUAGAGGCACUGUAUCCUCUCGGAUCUACUCUGAACAUUCUCCGUACUUUGAACAGCUCUCUAUCACCAUUGCACAACACCAGUGGAACGUUGUUGUCGCCCUCCACUACUAGCUCCUCUAUCUAUGCUCAACUUCUGUAUGCUGGCGUCGAGCAGUUCUUUUGCACUGCUUCGCCUUGUACCCAGACAUCAUCCAACUCCACCACCAGUUCCGGUAAUACUACCUCGAGCACCUGGACAUGUCAAAAUCUUUCAUGUAGCUGUAUCAAAAAUGCCACAUUCUGCGGUGGUGUGCCGGCCUCAAACCUCACUACUACCAUCAACAGACUCGCCGGAACAUUGAUAGUUGCGUGCGAUAGCACCAAUACCUGCCAUUUUCAACAGGAUGUCAUCAAUUCGGUAUUCGGAAGUCAGGGAUUAUCCAUGGAAGGCUGCGUCUUUGGUGAAUGUGUAACUCAGGCCGUCAUCGACACCACAAACACUACCGCUGCAGCUGCAUCGGGUGGAACCCAAUUAAGCGGGGGAGUUAUCGCAGGCCUCGUUGUUGUUGGGGCAAUAAUUGCGCUUGGGUUAGCCGUCGUCGCGUGGGGCUGGUAUGCACAACAAGCAGCGAAAAAGUUACCUUUUAAUGGAGGUCAAAGCGGCGGAAUAAGUGUUCAGUGGUCCGACAUUUCAUAUAUCGUGCAAUCGCCCAAAAACUCACCGUCCUCCCUGAUUGCCAAAUCUACUAUCCGAGGGGGAAAGGUCAUCCUCGAUAGUGUUAGCGGCAGUAUCGAAUCAGGUCAGCUCAUGGCAAUCCUUGGUCCCAGCGGAGCAGGCAAAACCACUCUUGUUGAACUCAUCGCUGGGAAAACAAAAUCAGGCCAAUAUACAGGAUCUAUCGUGUUCCCUCCUUGUGCCCCUGGACAUCAUCCGAGGGUAGCUUUCGUCCCGCAGACUGACAUCCUUCCUUCAAUGUUGACUGUCCGCGAAGCCCUUACAUUCGCCGCAUCCCUUCGCCUCCCCGAAGCUCUUCCCACAUCCUCAAAGGCAGCGGUUGUCUCCACUGUCAUUUCCAAACUAGGUUUGGAUGGCAUCGCCGAAACCAGAAUUGGCGCAACUGACGGGACUGGUAGAGGUAUCAGUGGCGGAGAAGCUCGUCGCGUUAGCAUCGGGCUCGAACUUGUUAGUUGCCCGGAUGUGCUCGUUUGCGACGAGCCCACCAGCGGACUAGACUCGGUCAGCGCCUUCAGGAUUGUCAAUGUGCUGAAAGAACUCGCACGUGAAGGUGGAGCUGCUAUAAGCCAACAAGGCUCACAUGGACACCGAAAGGGCGUGGCGGUGAUCUGCAGUGUGCAUCAGCCGAGUUCGCGGCUUUACCACACCUUUGACUCUGUUCACCUCCUUUCCAAUGGGCGUGCACUGUACUCGGGGCCAGGCGGAUUAGCACCAGCCCAAUAUUUCAUGCGCAUGCGAGAAGAGGGAGGAGCUGGGGCCGAUAUCCUGCCUUACGAAGAGGGUUAUAACGUUGCAGAUUACCUACUCGACAUCGCGAGCGAAUCUCCUGAUAUCUGCAGCAUGCUACCGGGCAACAAUGCGGUUGGAGAAAUGAAGUUCAGUGACGGCAGCGAGAAGGCCGAUGGAAGGAAAGACGUCGAAGCCCUCGUCUCUACGAAAAAUUCGGCACAGGGUAUGUAUGCGGCAACCUUUUUCACACAGUUACAAGUUCUUUGCGGGCGCGAAUGGAAGGUUUUGAGAAGAGACAAGACCUUAUUUUUCACGCACAUGUGCGUCGCUUGCGUGCUCGGAACAUUUUGUGGUGGUCUCUAUUAUCAGACUGGUUUAACUAUCGCCGGAUUUCAGGCUAGAGUCGGAUCCCUUUUCUUCAUGGGGUCUCUCAUUGCAUUCUCAUCCCUUAGCGCACUCUAUAAUAUCGUUGAGAUACGACCUCUAUUCCUUCGUGAGAGGUCAAACUUGUAUUACAGCCCGACGGCUUGGCUCCUUUCACGUCUGAUAUUCGACGUGAUACCCCUUCGCAUCAUACCCACCAUCGCUGUCUGCACCAUUACAUACUGGAUGGCUGGGCUUACACAUGACGCAGUUCAUUUCUUCAAGUUUAUACUCGCCAUCGUCCUGUAUACACUAGUCAUGACACUCUUUAACUUCCUUUUAGGAACGCUAUUCCGCAAUGGCGGGAUUGCGAUCCUGCUUUCUGCUCUUUCUGCACUCUACCAGAUGACCUUUGCUGGUUUCUUUGUCCACCUCUCUUCAAUACCACCUGUCUUGCGUUGGCUACAAUGGCUUUGCCCACUCAAGUAUACCCUCGAAGCUAUUUCGGUAAACGAAGUAGGUUCAGGACUUAUGAUCAAGGAUACCUUGCAAGGCGUACCUGUCAAUGUAUCGGCGACUCUCAUUAUGAAGCUACUGUUCGGUUUUGGCUUGAACAAUUAUUAUAGAGAUAUUCUUGUGCUCUUUGCUUUUAUAGCGGGGCUUGGUGUUGCUGUUAUCGCUGUGGUUUGGUUGAGGAUGAGGGAGAGGCGGUGAUGGUCGCCUUUGUGAACAAGUUGCUUGCGUGUUAUUUAUAUAUAUAUGUUAGGGCCGUUGACUUGACUUUGCUACUUAGUUCGUCGCUAAUAGAAUAGGUUUUCCUUGACAUUAUCUGACUUCAUGAGAGCUUGGCUGGAGUGGGAACUGGAGGAUAUCUGAUACACUGUUAAAAGGAUUCGUCUAACGGCCAGUCCAAACUUCAGCAAGAACGUAUGUUUUGUGCGAGCUA